GACAAGAGGAAUAGAGUGAUUUGUAGACUCCUGCCAAGGAGGAAAAGGGAGAUGGACGCUGCCAUAGUCGGCCAGCUGCUGAGCCACACCCUGCCGGUGCUCUACAGGGGGAUUCAAGAUAGAAGCAAGAAGCUGAGUGACCUUGAUGCUGAUGUCAGGUUCAUCAAUGUGCAGCUUGACUUCAUCAAGGCUGCCAUCAGAGAUGACCGCAAGCGUCGCAACGAUAUGAGCGAUGUGCGCAAAUCCUGGGUUGUGCAGCUCAGGCACUUAGCGUACCUCAUAGAGGAUUGCGUUGACCGCUUCUUGCCUCAUGGCGGUGAGAAGAUAAACCCUGGGGAUCUGGCCAGUGAGAUUCAGAAAUGCAAGAAGUUAGCACAGGUCAUACGAGAUGGUUUAGAGUGCUACACCACCACCACCACUAGUGCCGAAUCAGAGCAAAAGCCACAGCAAGUUGCUUCAUUCCCCGGAUCAGCAGCACCAAGGAGCUCCUACGCACAAGGGCAGCAUGAUCCCCAGGCUGAGCUCGUCGGCAUGGAUGAGCGCGUCCAAGAUCUCCUGGCUCUGGUACGUGAAUCUGAGAACCCGGUGGAGAAGAAGCUCAAGGUGAUCUCCAUCGUCGGCUUCGGUGGCAUCGGCAAGACUCAGCUUGCGAAUCAAGUGUACAGGCAUUCAGAUGUGCUCAAUCAGUACCCUCUGCAAGCUUUUAUUGGCGUGGCGGGCAAGAACACGGAGGAGAUACUUCAAGAGGUACUCGAGGAAUUACUCAAGAAAGACAUCAAGGGGAAGACCAAGACCUCCAUCCAGACUCCACAACAUCAUAAUGGUGUCAUCCAUGCUGCAAGUACCUCCACUCAAAGCCAGUUACUCGUACAGAAUGGUGUCGUCCAUGCUUCAAGUGCAAGUACCUCCAUCCAAGCCCCAAAACUGCAGAAUGGCAUUGUCCAUUGCGCUAGUACCUCCAGUGUGGCCUCAAUACACAUGAAUGAUGUACGCACACGUCUCAGAUCAUACGUACAAUCCAAGAGGUACUUGGUCGUGAUCGAUGACGUGAGGACAGAACAGCUGGGAAGUGGCGUAGUAUCAGCCUUCCCUGAGCAGGAGGGCGUGGAUAGCAGAAUUAUCGUGACCACGAGCAUACAGUCUGUAGCGAAAAGCUGCAGCUCUGGCGAUGGCCACGUCUACAUGAUGAAGCCACUCAACGAAGAAGAGUCAGAAAACCUGUUCUUCAAUGUGGCUCGCACGGGGCCACAGCCAACGGAAAUCCCAAAGAAAUGUGACGGUGUACCACUUGCUCUGGUCAGCAUAGCCCGGUUCUGUAGAAAAGACCUGAGCAGAUGUGAAGAAGCGUGGAGGAAACUGUGUAAGCCGGAAGAGGACUACAGGCUAGCAAGGAUGCAGCGGGUCCUUGUGGACAACUACGAGAGCCUAUGUAGUCUUGACCUACACGGGUGCUUGCUAUAUCUUGGCAUGUUCCCGUAUGGCCAUCCUAUCAGGAGGGGACACCUCAUACGGCGAUGGCUCGCUGAAGGGCCAGAUGUUGGGUGCAGCACCAACCUGAUGGCAGCCGAGAAGAAUUUCGACGCCCUCAUCGAUAGGAAUGUCGUCUGGCCCAUCAAUGAGAGCAUCAAGAUAUGCCAGCCUCCUGGGAUGAUGCUGGAGUACAUCACCGGCGAGUCCGAGUCGACGGAUUUCAUGGCGCUGUGCCGUGGUGACAAUGAGACUAGGAGAACAGCCUCGUCAGUCGGCAUCCGCCGACUCGCCCUCCAUGGUACCGGUGCUCCCGAUGAUGGAAGGGUCUUGGUCGAGGAGGAUGUUGAAAGUGAUCGGGUGCUCUAG